GGAGGAUGAUUGAACUUGUGUAUGUCUGGAUGUGAAAGAGUACGACCCAAACUUUCUGCUAAUCCCGACUCUUCCUUGGGGAUACAUACCGGAGGUAAUUGGAAUCCAAGAUGUCUGGAGAAGAAGUAGUGGAGGAGAUGCUGGAGGAAGAGGUAACCCAGGAAGAGGAAGAAGAAGUAGCACCUGAAGUACAAGAACCUCUUCCUACUGUGGAAGAGUCUCCAGCUGCAGAUGAAGAACCUCUUCCUACAGUGGAAGAGUCUCCAGCUGCAGAUGAAGGAGAGAACCAGGAUGACUCCAAACCCAAACCAAAGUUGUUUGCUCCAGCUAUAGCUGUGCCGAAGAUACCAGAGGGAGAAAAGGUGGACUUUGAUGACAUCCACAGAAAGCGUCAGGAGAAGGAUCUGACCGAGCUGCAAUCUCUGAUCGAGGCCCACUUCAUUCAGAGGAAGAAGGAAGAGGAGGAGCUCAUCGCUCUCGUUAACAGAAUCGAGAAGCGUCGUGCUGAGAGGGCUGAACAGCUGAGGAUCCGUGCUGAGAGGGAGAAGGAGAGGCAGACUCGUGUCGCAGAAGAAAAGGAGAGGAAGGAGCAGGAGGAGGCCCGUAAAAAGCAGGAUGAGGACGCCAAGAAGAAGAAGGCUCUGACAAACAUGACUCAGCAGUAUGGUGGUGUCCAACAGAGGCAAGAUGGAAAAAGGGGAGCGAAAAAGCAGACAGAGAGAGAGAAGAAAAAGAAGAUCCUGGCAGAGAGGAGGAAGCCUCUCAACAUCGACCAUCUCAGCGAGGACAAAGUGAAGGAGAAGGCCAAUGAGCUGUGGCAGUGGCUGAUGACACUGGAGUCUGAGAAGUUUGACCUCACCGAGAAACUGAAGAGACAGAAAUAUGAUAUCAAUCAGCUCCUGGCUCGCGUUCAAGACCACCAGAGCACCAAAGGAAGAGGCAAGGCCAAGGGCAGGCUGAGAUAGAUGCAAGCACCAGCAGGAUUUCUCCAAGGAAGCGCCUGAAGAUGAGCACCAGUAUUGAUUUUGACGACAUUAAUGUACGCAUAAACAAUAAAACAGCACUACAACAGCUGGUUUUAGACAUAAACAAUAAAAAAGUGCUUUUAAGCCCGUUUGUGCGGUUUAAGUUUAAAA